CAUCCAUGGCUCUCUCUGUGUCUUCCAAGUUCUUCGCGAUCUUUCACUACCCUACGAUGGAUUUACGGUUCAUAAAUCAAAUCAAAUCAAAUCAAAUAAAUCCUUCAUCUCUCUCUCUCUGGCUCUGGGUGCUGAGCCUGCAAAGUGAAAGCCAUGAACGCUGUGCCAUUUUCUUCAGCUGAUUGCUCCGAAGAAAUGAAUGGCCAUGGAAGUGACGCCGAUUCGAAUCCCGACGAGACCCCUGACUACUACCAGCCCAUCUCCUCCUCCGGCGACGACGACUCCAGCUCCGACUCUGAUCCCAUCGAUCACCAGCAAAACUCCCCCUCUAACCUUCGUCAUCUCCCUCUACCUCUCCCCAAUGGCUACCUCGGAGACAACGGAAUUGCAUCUCUCAGCUUACAGGAUGCUGCCGACCACAAAAGCAGCGAAGAGGAGGACGACGACGACGGUGAUGCCGGGGAGGAACAGGAAGAAGAGAGAGCGAGAGAAGCUUCUAAUUCGGCCAUGCUGAAAGCUUUCAGGGAAGACGAGAGCAGGAGGAAUGCACCGUUGAGGUCCGAGGACGCAGUGAGAGUGAUGGAGGCGAUGCGUGGAGUAUCCUUCGGGGGAUCGGCUCCUGAUUGGGCUCAGAGGGUGCCUGAGGAUCAGUGGAUCGAGCAGCUCAGGAGGCUCAGGCGACCGCCCCGAAGCACAGAUUGAUUGUACUUGAUGCACAUUAAAUCCGUCACGCAAUCUUUUAACAUUGGUUUUUCAGUUGGACUGGCCCCGUGAAUUCCAAGGCUUUCUUAUGUUCAAACUGAGAGCGAGAGAGAGAGAGAGAGAGAGAGAGAGAAGAGAUUCAGUCUUCGAGCAAAAUAUGUUAAUCUUUUUGCAUUA